UUUCUCUUGGUACCGGAAAUGUAUUUGCCUCACUUCCUUUUACUAGCUUAGCGUAAACAGCUACUCGGUUGAGGAUAAUUUUAAAGCGUAGAGUUCCGUUUAAGACCAAUUCUGUCGUUCGAUCAGAAUAUUAUCAACUUUUGUAUUCAACUCGAACAUGUCGCACACAAUCCUGUUAGUCCAGCCCACCAAGAGACCCGAAGGCCGGACAUAUGCUGACUACGAGUCGGUCAAUGAAUGCAUGGAAGGUGUUUGCAAAAUGUAUGAAGAGCAUCUCAAGAGGAUGAACCCAAACAGCCCGUCCAUCACAUACGAUAUAAGUCAGUUGUUUGACUUCAUUGAUGACUUGGCAGACCUGAGCUGUCUUGUUUACAGAACGGACACCCAAACAUACCAGCCGUACAACAAAGACUGGAUCAAGGAGAAGAUUUAUGUGUUGUUAAGACGUCAAGCUCAAGCAGGGAAGUAGAGAGACAAUUUACCCUUUGUCCUACUAUACACAUCCCAAAAGAGCAUAUGGAGCUCAGUUACAUUUCAGAGACUACUCAGCGAUCUCUUGCAUCAUGAAAAUGUACUUUGAGGAGACGAUGCCACUAUUGCCUUCGGAAAAGGUCUGGGUCUUCUAGUUUAUAGUUAAAACUGGCUUUUUAAAAUUGUAUUUUUAAUACUAUUUUAAUAGAUAAAUCUUUCUAUUCCAAUAUCGUGUCCAAGCCAGUCAUGAUGGGUUUGUACUUUCUCGUUCAACACACAGUGGAAUUUAAAUUUUAAUGGGAAGCCUUGACAUCCCGAAAAUCUACGCGUUUUUUUGCUUUGUUGUUAUGACUUCAGUUGUUACUUUAAUGAUGCUAAACAUUAUUUUUUGGAAACCAUUUGCUUUUUCAUUUUUACAUAGUAUCUUAUUCCAAGAAAGCAGCAUCCUGGGGCCCUUUUCUUUUUUUCAAAUGUAUUUUUCUUAUACGAGGACUGAUCUUAAAUAACUUUAAGGUUAUUAAUAUGUUGUCAUUUGAAAAACUGCAUUUAUUUAUGCACACUUAUGCUAAUAAAUUCUCUAAUGAAUACAUGUUAAAUAGGGAGUCAUUCUUCUAAUUCGUGUCCUGUUACAAGAAAAUUAUUACUAGUUUAAUGCUGGGUUAUUCAGAUAUUUUUAAAAACAAAGAAGCUGACAUAUAUAUACAUUACUUCAGAAUAAAGUAAAUAUUUGAAUUAGGGCUGUCAAAAUUAUCGCGUUAACGGGCGUUAAUUAAUUUUUAAAAUUAAUCACGUUAAAAUAUUUGACGCAAUUAACGCAGAUGCCUCGCUCAGACAGAUUUAAAUGACAGUACAGUGAAACGCUCACUUGUUGUGUUUUAUGGAGUUUUGCCGCCCUCUGCUGGCGCUUGGGUGCGACUGAUUUUAUAGGCUUCAGCACCCAUGAGUAUUGUGUAAGUAAUUAUUGACACCAACAAUGGCGGGCUACUAGUUAAUUUUUUGAUUGAAAAUUUUACAAAUUUUAUUAAAACGAAAACAUUAAGAGGGGUUUUAAUAUAAAAUUUCUAUAACUUGUACUAACAUUUUUCUUUUAAGAACUAAAGUCUUUCUAUCCAUGGAUCGCUUUAACAGAAUGUUAAUGUUAAUGCCAUCUUGGUGAUUUAUUGUUAUAAUAAACAAAUACAGUCCUUUUGUACCGUAUGUUGAAUGUAUAUAUCCAUCUUGUGUCUUAUCUCUCCAUUCCAACAAUAAUUUACAGAAAAAUAUGGCAUAUUUUAUAGAUGCUUUGAAUUGUGAUUAAUUACGAUUAAUUAAUUUUUAAGCUGUAAUUAACUCGAUUAAAAAUUUUAAUCGUUUGACAGCCCUAAUUUGAAUAAAUAAAGGAAGCGCAAAAAACAGUUUUACCUCCAUAAAUAGGUGUUAAUUCAAUGCUUGGCUGUUUAGGUGUGUUGAAGGGGGAGAAACACCCAGGCUAAUUAUUCUAUCCUUUAUUUUUGUUUAACAUGUACAACACAGAAUGUAACUGGAGAUGGAUUCCCUUUAGCUAAGUAAAAAAGUCUUAUUGUUCAAUAAAAUCAGAUCAAGACAUUUCUUUUUGAUGUUAAAGUAAAAAACAAGUGUUAUUGUUUAAGAAAAUCAGAUCAAGCCAUUUCUUUGUGAUGAUGUUAGACUUGAAUAAUUACGUUAGAUUUAAAUUGUGCACAUUUUCCGAUUACACUAGUCAACAAAAAAUGCUUCAUUGAUGCAAACAAUUCUUACUUAGCUUUGGCGUGCUGGAAACUAUAUUUUUUGCAAAAAUAGAUUUCAAUUUUUGUGCAGUGAGAACAAGUGCAAGGCCAUAUUUAACAAAGUUACAAAUAGAUGGUACUUAGAAAAUAGCACUAAACUAACAAUAUGAUACCCAUGACAAGUUAAUGCAGGGUCUCUGCAGGGUUCAACAAGCCAAAUUUAAGACUUAUAAAGACUUUUUAAGACCACAAUGAAUAAAAUUUAAGACCCAUUUCACAGUGAUACUGGCAAAAAAUAUCAAAGAUUUGAGGGAAAACUGGAGGCCCGGAAGUACUUGCAAAGUAUCUGAAUUUAUGAGCACGAAGUAGUAGUAGUAGUAGUAAUGAAGUCGUAAAGUAACGUCAAUAGAUUUUUAAGACCUUUCAAAAUUGCAUUUAAGAUCCUUUAUGAGAUUUUAGGAGAAUUUGAGACAUUUUAAGGCCUUGAAUUCAAAUUAUUGGACUUAAGAAUUUUUAAGACCCCGUGGAUACCCUGUAAUGACGACAUCCAAUCAUAAUAUUGCAUAUGACUACCAAAAGGACUGAAAAGUUAAACUGGUAUUGGGUGAUAAUAUAUCAAGAAUCUGUAUAAAAAACAUUAAUAUGAGAACAUAAUAAAUGCUGAUUGCAUGAACACUAAAAGAUAUAUAUAUGACGGAAAACACUCAGAUGACUUGAAGUUCCGCUCUGAGACCCCCAAUUUGGCCAAAUUUCAAAAUUGUCCGAUAUGCAUGUGUGAUACAUCAUUGGAAAGGUUAAAAUCUCAAUUUUCUGGGGGAAGAAAACAUGUUGAAAAGAAGGGCAUUUAAAAAAAAAAUUCAACAGCAAAACCCUAACUGGAGGGGAGAGCAUGCGAGAGCAGAUUACAGACGCCAUGACUUUAACGAGAUAUUAUCGCGUUCUUACCUCAUUUAGAUCCAAAAACGCCAUGUAGCAUGUAUCAUCGAGUGUCAAGACACAGAUGUGAAUGGCCACAGCCGGAUUUUUGGGGAAUUCUAUGGGUGAAACAUGGUAAUAUAACUAGGGUCGCUUAGCGGAAAUCGCAGACAUCAAGGAGUGGUCGAGAUGUUCUUUUUCAUAUAUUUUCCCUUUUAAAAGUUUUUUUUUAAAAAAAAUUUUCUCACUAUCUCUUUAUUUGGAUCGAUUAUUUCAUUUACCAUAUCGAGGAAAAUGCAACAGUAACAAAACAAAACAAAAAAUUAAGCCAAAGUUAUGAGGUUGAUAUCAGUGACUUAUUUACAGACACCGUUUUUUUUCAUUGUGACUUAAUAUGUUUAAAAGUUUAAAAUAUGUGAGUGAAUAAUUUUUAAAAGUUUUUUUUAAACGAAAUAUUAGACAUCAAUUAAUGAUUAUAAGCUAAAAAUGACAGACAUUUUGAAUAAAAAUAAUUUCCUUUUUAUGGCUGGGUUGAAACAAAAGCGGUUGCGCGACCUCUGUAAAUAGGGGUUUCCAGGGUAAAACGGACGAAUUAAAAAUAGUUUGGGGGCUUAAUGUGCCAUGAAUCUGCUAUGGCAUCAUAUACACAUAUUGUUCUAUCAAACACAACAGUUCUUUUGGCUUAAAAUACAGCAGUUUAUUUUAAAGAAGAGUGCAAGAGCAGAAACUGCUUUUUCAGUCUUUUCUGUGUGACAUGAAGUGCUACUCUGAGACCCCCAUUUUGGCCAACUUUCAAAAUUGCCCGAUAUGCAUGUGUGAUAUGCAUCAGUGGAAAGCUUAAAAUCUCAAUUUUCUGGGGGAAGAAACAUUUUGAAAAGGAGGGCAUUUAAAAAAAAAAAAAAAUUAAACAGCAAGACCCUAUCUGGAGGUGAGAGCACACGAGAGCGGAAUUACAGACGGCAUGACUUUAAAGAGAUAUUAUCGCUUACUGACCUUGUUUCGACCCAAAAACCCCAUGUAGCAUGUAUCACUGAGUGUCAAGACACAGCUGUGAAUGGCCACAGCUGAAUAUUUUGGGGAUUUUAUGGAUGAAACAUGGUAAUAUAACAAGGGUCGCUUAGCAGACAUCAAGGAGUGGUUGAGAUAUGCUUUUUCGUAUAUUUACCUUUUUAAACAUUUUUUUUUCAAUUUUUCUUUGUUUGGAUCCAUUAUUUAUCAUCUAACAUAUCGGAAAAAAUGCGACAGAAACAACAACAAAAAAAAUACAAUUAAGCGAUAGUUAUGAGGUAAAUAUCCAUGACUUUUUUUUACAGACGACAUUUUUAUCAUUGUGACGCAAUUUGUUUAAAAGUUUACAAUAUGCGAGUGAAUAAUAUUUUAAAGUCAUUUUUUUUUUUUUUUAAUGAAAUAUUAGCCAUCAAUUAAUGAUUCUAAGCUAGAUCGGGUCCGAUCACGUCAUUUUCAAAGUAUCGGAAUCGUCAAAAAAAUAUCGAACAUUUUUUAAUAUAUAUAUAUUUUUUAAUUAAAUCGAUCCACUCAUACAUUGUCGCGUUCAAUCUAUAAUGGCGCCGUUUUACCCAUACAGUAAGUAUAUAGAGCUAAAAGGCAGCGUAAAAUGAGUAGAAUGAAUUUUGCCAGCCUUUGGAGCCUUUUUUUAAAAUGGCUAAAGCCUUACAAUCCUUCUCCCAAUGUUUAGAAUAAUCGUGGGAAGCAAUGUGGGGAAGAAAGGUAGUAGUUGAUCUUUUUCUUAACACCCUAUGUUAUUUCCCAACGCAGAGAAGAUAUAUCAAUUGGUACCACGAUGCACAGUCAUGGUUGCACUUCCCAUCAUGCAUUUGGGCAGAAGUUAAAUGGCUACAGUAUCAUUUACUGAAAGCUCAACAAAUACACUAGAUGGCAAUAUUUAGUCACAAUAUACAAAGUCACAUUUAUCCUUUACGAAUUACAAGUCUUUCUAUCCGUGGAUCCCUCUCACAGAAAGAAUGUUAAUAACGUAAAUGCCAUCUUGAGGAUUUAUUGUCAUAAUAAACAAAUACAGCACUUAUGUACUGUAUGUUGAAUGUAUAUAUUCGUCCGAGUUUUAUUCAUUUUUUCUUAAUGCAUUGCCAAAAUGUAUAUGAUCGGGAAAAAUUACCGGGAACGAUUGGUAUUGAAUCGGGAGCAAAAAAAAAGCAAUCGGAUUGGCAGAUACUCAAACUAAAACGGUCGGGAUCGGAUCGGGAGCAAAAAAACAUGAUCGGAACAACCUUACUAAAAAUGACAAACAUUUUUAAUAAUAAAUAUAUUUAAUUACCUUUGUUUUAUGUCUGGGUUGAAACAAAAGCGGUUGCGCGACGUCCGUAAACGGGGGUUUUCAGGGUAAAACGGGCAAAUCAAAAAUAGUUCAGGGGCCUAAUCCGCCAUGAAUCUGCUAUGGCAGCAUAUAGACAUAGAACAACAGUUCUUUUGCCCUCAAUUACAGCAGUUUAUUUUAAAGAAGGGUUCAAAAGCAGAAACAGCUUUUUCAGUCUUGUCUGCGUUUCCCCCUAUUUAAACAGACCAAAAGUUCCAUAGAAUCAAUCAAAAAAAAAAAAAAUCUAAAUCAUUCAACGGAAAAUGAAAACAAAUGUUGACCGGGGUAAUUUUAAA